AUGAGCGAAAUCAAAGAAAGUCUUGACAAGAUUGCUUUCGAACAAGGUACUCGGCAAAUUGUUGAUCUAGUAUCAGCUAUCGUUAGUACUCGUGGUAAAAAAAGCAUCAUUGGAUAUGUAUAUAAAACAGCGGAAGAAAAACUGUGGAUGUUCGCUGAUGAAAAUCCUGAACAACGUUCACUGGUUAUACUUCGUCCUGGAGGUUUCAUGUCCAAUCAUUUUAUGCAUGAUGUUCAUAGUAUUAAACAUUCAGAUAAAAUUGUCUUUUGUGGAUUACCUUCGUCGCCAACGACUUGGAUCGCUACAAAAGAUAUAGCUGAUUGUGCUGUACACUGUAAAAAAUAA